AUGUCGAUUGCCCCGGACGAUUCUGCUGGGACCGAUCGUAGUGAGCCGACUGCAGGCGCUGUGGAUGGAGUGAACGGUGUGGAAUACGCUGAAAUACAUCGGCCAGCUGACAGUACUGAUUCGGGCAUUGGAUCCGAUUCAGCAAAUACCAGCAAGAAUGCUCCCAAAGAACAUCUGAACGAGAAGGGAAAAGAAAUGAAACGAGAGCCACGAAUCCACUCAGACAGCGCGCCGCCUCUGGCUGAUGCAGCAACGACGAGAGACAGCGUGGUCAAAGUUAGUGAUCUGGUUCUUUGUCUCUCAUUCUAUUGCCGAUCAAAAGCAUGA